AUCCCAAAAGAAAUGCUUUAAUACCUUCCCAAACUACUUUCUAAUUAGAGCUUAAAGUCUUCCAUUGGCCUAAUCUAAAACCCUAGAAUUAUUUUAGAGAGAGAAAGAAUAAGUUAGAUGGGAAGAGGGAAGAUUGUGAUUAGAAGAAUUGAUAAUUCAACAAGCAGACAAAUUACUUUCUCUAAAAGAAGAAAUGGUUUGAUUAAGAAAGCUAAGGAAUUAGCAAUUCUUUGUGAUGCUCAACUUGGAUUGAUUAUAUUUUCUAGCACUGGCAAGCUCUAUGAAUUUGCAAACACUUGCAGCAUGAAAUCAAUUAUUGAACGAUACAACAGGACAAAAGAGGAGCAUCAGCAAUUGUUGAAUCCAAUAUCAGAAGUCAAGUUUUGGCAAAGGGAGGCAGCAAGCCUGAGGCAACAACUGCACAGCUUGCAAGAAAGCCACCGGCAAUUGAUGGGAGAACAACUCGAUGGUUUGAGUAUCAAAGACCUUCAGAAUUUAGAGAAUCAAUUGGAAAUGAGUUUGAGGGGCAUACGCAUUAGAAAGGAACAAAUUUUAACUGAUGAGAUACAAGAACUCAGACGAAAGGGAAACUUAAUUCACCAGGAAAAUUUACAACUGUAUAAGAAGGUUCAUGGCACAAGGGAUGAUCAUGGAACAACUGGAAGUUCCUUAAUGCAGUAUGGUGGUUUUGACAGUGAAGAAAACUCCAGCAUCCCCACACAUCUUCAACUAAGCCAACCAGAACAGACAAUUUAUGAGGCACCACCUAGCGAAACAAAGUAAAGUUAUGCCAACAAAAGUACUGGCCAUUUUCCACAGAAUGGAUUUAAGGCAUACUAUAAGGCAUGCAAAAACUUAUAGCUAAAAAAGAUAGGGCCUUCCUUCAUUACGGAGCUCCUAUAAUGAACCACUCAUUGAUGAUAGGCAUAUGAUCUCCUUAAAAAAAUAUCAAAGUUCACUGCAGCUGGAAAGACAAAUUUUGCAGAAAUAGAUGACUUGAUUCCCUAUUGUCGCAGAUUGAUAAUGCUGCAGGAAUAAUAAUAUCUAUAACCGAAACAUUAAAAUAUUGUAUAAGAUAUAAUCUUAGAAUAAUUCAAACAUGAUUUUGAGAGACAAAUUUUAAGCACUAUCUGCAAUCAUAAGACAUGCUUAUUUUCCUGAUAUAAUUUUGGUUGUUUUCUCUAAUUUUAAAUUUCUUCUUUUGUUAGAAACUUGCAAGUCGUGUAAGGAAAAUCUGUCAAGAAUAUCAGUUUCACCGUUCGACACAA